GGAGAAUCACUUGCUUUUAUGAAACAAUUGCUUGUUUCUCAGGUACCAUUUGUCAAAGAUUCAACUUUCAAGGCGUUCCUGUCAUUUUCCUUCAUUGGCUUUUAGAUUCCCAAACAGAAAAUUUUACACUUGAGAAAAUGUUUGGAUUUAUGAGACCUAGGCAGAAGUCAGUGGACCCACCAGCUGGUUCUGGUUCCAACCCAUUUGAUUCAGAUACUGAAGAUAACAAGAGCACUGUUACACCAGCUAGAACUUCUUCUGGGCCUGUGCUCUUAAUCCCAGAUUUGAAUGAUGAUGACCAUGGAAGAAGAAAGCAAACUUCAGCAUCUACUAGGCCAUCACCAGCGAGAGAUAGAGAUAGAUACAAAAAUGAUUUCCACGACUCUGGAGGACUACAGAACCAGACUAUGGAAGACCUAGAGAAUUAUGCUGUCUACAAGGCUGAGGAGACAACAAAUACUGUUAAUAACUGCUUGAAGAUUGCUGAGAACAUCAGAGAGGAUGCUACAAGGACACUUGAUACUUUGCAUAAGCAAGGACAGCAAAUUGAAAGGACCCACGUGAUGGCUGUUCAGAUGGAUAAGGAUUUGCAUAAGGGUGAGAAGCUUUUGAAUAGUCUAGGCGGCAUGUUUUCUAUGCCAUGGAAGCCAAAGAAGACCAAAGAAAUUACAGGGCCUGUGAUCACCUCAGAUAAUUCAUCUAAGGAAAGCGAAAACCGGAAGGAACAGAGAGAAAAGUUGGGUCUGGCUCCUGUACCUAAAGCUCAGCCAGGAAGUAAGAUACCUCCUCCUGAACCAACUGACGCCAUACAGAAAGUUGAGCUUGAGAAGACAAAGCAAGACGAUGCACUUUCAGAUCUAAGUAAUAUCUUGGGUGAUCUAAAAGGCAUGGCUGUUGACAUGGGAUCUGAACUUGAAAGACAAAAUAAAGCUCUUGAUCAUCUCCAUGAUGAUGUGGAUGAACUGAACUCUCGAGUGAAAGGUGCCAACCAACGUUCUCGUCAGUUGCUUGCGAAGUGAAAAGUUGCAGAGCUUACCAAAUUCGCUUCACAAACCUAUAUUUAGAAGUUUUAACAUUUCUUUUUCCAUUUUCCAUCCCAUCCGAGAAAACAUUUGUCAUUAAUGAUUUACUCCAUUGUUUUAAGUGGAAUGAUACAAGAUUUUUCUUCAG